CACAAGACUUGAGGCAGCUGCCAGUUGCUCGCUCUGACUCCUCUCCAUUCAGCCACUUUUUGAAACCUGCUCUAGCAACAAGAGGGAAAGAAAGAGACAGAGGCACCAUCCUUUUGCCAAGGGAGAGAGAGGAGUUGCAACAACCCUUGGCACCUGAUUCCCUGGACUCCCACUGAAACCAGAUUUUUCACCUGCAACGGCCGAGUCUCCCUGGGGUUAUCAUUAUGCAUUCGCUGUUCAAGAAAAGAAACAAAGGGAAAUACAGCCCAACCGUCCAGAAGAAGAGCAUUUCCAGCAAAGAACUAUCAGAACUGAUUGAGAAGUUGCAGAAAAAUGCUGACCAGGUGGAAAGAAACAUUGUGGAGGCCGACACAAAGAUGCAGAAUGACCUACACAAGCUCAAGGCUGGUCAACCUCCUGAGUUCAGAGACCACACUGCAGACAAGCUGAUAGAAUCAGAUAAGCUCCUCUAUGUCCUGGAUGGAGAUGCGGCUGUCGCUCGCCACAUGAAACACCCCCAGGGGGACAUGAUCACAGAAGACAUCCGGCAGCUAAAGGAGAGAGUAGGCAACCUGCGUGUGAAGCAUGACCAGAUCUACAAUUUCACCCCCCAAGAAAUUGAACCUCAAGUCAACUGGUCCACAGUCAUUGAUGAGAAGCAGGAACUCUUGAACAGCAAAGGCUUUGGAACUGACUUGCCAUCGGUCAACAGUCAGGUGGAGGAACACAACAUCUUUCACAAUGAGGUGAUGGCUAUUGGACCACACAUCAGUAAGGAAGACAAAUCAACACCAGUCUCUGAUGAAUAUACGAGUGGACUCCAGGUGAAAUACCAGAAAUUGCUGUCAGGAUCCCAACAGAGGCAGCAGGACCUGAACUCGCUGCAAGAUUACAUGCAGCGCUGCACCAACAAGCUCUACUGGCUCGAUCAGCAAGCGAAGGACAGGAUGCAGUACGACUGGAGCGAUCGCAACCUUGACCACCCCAGCAGACGGCGCCAAUACGAGAAUUUCAUAAACCGGAAGCUAGAAGAGAAGGAGGCAGCCAUCAACAAACUUCAUGAAGAUGGCAACCAACUCUUGUCUGAUAAUCAUCCGGGGAAGAUCCCCAUUGAGGCUCACAUUGAGGCAGUCCAUGCCGACUGGAAAGAAUACCUCAACUUGCUCAUCUGUGAGGAAAGCCAUCUCAAGUUCAUGGAGGACUACCACCAGUUCCAAAAGGAUGCUAAAGAUGCUCAAGACCUCCUCAGGAAAGUAGACACAGACUUGGACCAGAAGUAUAGCCCAGAUUUCAAGGACCGGUACCAAAUUGAAUCCUUGUUGCAGGAGCUCGAGGACCAGGAGAAGGCCUUGGACAAGUAUGACGAUGUGGUGACCUCCCUGCAAAAGCGCAGCCAGCAAGUCCUCCCUCUCAGGUACCGCCGGGAGACCCCCCUCAAACCCAUCCCAGUGGAAGCUCUCUGUGACUAUGAAAGUGAUCAGUGCCAUCUCUCUCGCGGAGCAACAUACACAUUGCACAAGAAUAAUGGCGACAAGUGGGAGGUAACAGACAGUGCUGGAAAUGUGAUCAAUGCGCCAGGCGUCUGCUUCAUGAUUCCCCCUACGGAUCCUGAAUCGCUGACCCUUUCUGAUAACAUUACUGGCCAGCACCAGAGCGUAAAACAGAAGAUAGGUGGCACGAAGAAGCUUCUGCAGCAGAGAUACGAAACGCUGAAGGCUGACGGCAUUGGAGAUGCAUCCUCCGUACAAGGGCGACAACUGCUGGCAGGAUUGGAAAAAGUGAACACUGAGUUAGACAAGCAAGAAAGGGCCAUCACAGCCAACCUGCGUCCUCCGCUAGAGCAAAGCCGGGCAGUGCAAGACAGUGCGGAGCGGUCAAAGGACCUUAAGAACAUCACCAAUGAGAUCCGUUGCAUCGAACCUGAGAAAGCACACAAGAUCCAGGAGUGCGAAGCCUUCAUUGAGUCGGCACCCGACAAGGGCAGCGUCACGUUGAUGAAAAGCAAAGUGGAAGAAACAAACAACAAAUACAACCAUGUUGUCCAGCUGCUCAGUGCUGCUCAGGAAAAAGUUGAUGUUGCCAAUCGCCUUGAAAAGAGCCUGCAGCAAGGCAGAGACCUGCUUUCUGGCUAUGAGAACAAACUGGCCAUUGAAGACACCAUUCCAGAGGACAUCAGAGCCCUGGAGCGCAAGAGAGAAGAGUUACAGGCUUUGGGUUCUGAGCUGCAGGCCAACCGAUCCUUGCUGAAUGAAACAGAACAGGAUCUCCAGAAGGCCAAGAGGUGUUCUAGUACCCUGGCCAGCCAGUUCCAGGAACAUUGUCCAGACAUCGAGCGCCAAGAAACCGAACUCCACAAGCUCAACCAACGGCUGGGCAACCUCAGCAAGCAAAUUGACCACAGAUCUCAAAUGCUCCAGAAAGCAAAAUCAGCCUAUUCCAACUAUCGCAGCGGCUAUGACAACCUGAGCCAUUUCCUUUAUAACGUGCCCAACUAUGAGCCUCAAGAAACUGACAGCAUCAGUCAAGUGGAAACCAAGUUGAAGAAUCAAAGGUCCCUUCUGGGAGAAAUUGCCAGCAAGGAAAAAGAGGUCCAGAAAGUCUCUGCUGAGGCACAACAGUAUCAGCAGGCAGUAAAGGACUAUGAGCUAGAGGCUGAAAAACUGAGGUCCAUCCUUGACCUGGAAAAUGGCCGCAAUGGCUUCAUGAGCAAGAGACCCAGACUCCAGUCUCCAGCCGCUAAAGUGAAAGAAGAGGAAGCCAUCCUGGCUGCAAAAUUCACAGAAGUGAAUGCUGUCAAUAGGCAGAGGCUGCAGAACUUGGAGUUUGCCCAGAAUCUCCUGAAACAACAGCCCGAGGUUCAGGUGAUUCAGGAGUCUGUUCAGACCAGCAAGUCUGAAAGGCCACUAGAAGAAAUCUGGAAGCUGAGGAAGGAGCUGGAGGAUGAGUGUCAGCGCCGACUGCAGCUGGAGGAGGAGAUCAAAGUCAUUCAGGACAAUAUCUUCGUCCUUCAAAACCAGAGGCCACAGGAGGUGUUGGUCACAAAUGAGCUUGUAAAGAAAGUGCCCGACCCACAGCUGGACGAAAGCUUCCACAAGAUGCAGCAGAACUUGGCAGAGGAGCAGCGCAAGAAUCAGGGGCUGCAGAGUGAACUCGAGGCCCUGAAGCUCAAGCUGCGCACUCUGGAGCAUGAAAGGAGAGAAGGUGCGCAGGAAUAUGUAGUCAAGGAGGUCCUUCGAAUUGAACCGGAUAAAGCCCAGGCAGAGGAAAUCCUGAAGCUGAAAGAAAACCUUGAGGACCUCAAGAGGCAGGAAGGAGCCCGCCAGAACGAGAUGGUUCUCUUGCGCCGCCAAGUUGCUGCGCUUUCCGAUGAGAAGAAUAAGGAACAAGAGAAGGUGACUGAAAAGGAAGUAGUGAAACUGCAGAAUGACCCUCAGCUGGAGAGUGAAUUUCGGCGUCUGCAGGACAGCAAGCAGAGGGAGAGUGCCUUGAGACAACAGCAAGAGGAAGAGCUUCGCUUCUUGCAAGCCAAACUGAAGCGUCUGGAGAAAGAGCGGGCGAUGGCAGAGGGCAAGAUCACCGUGAAGGAAGUGCUGAAAGUGGAGAAGGACCUUGCAACGGAAAGAGAGGUGAGUGAAUUGCGGCGUCUGUAUGAAGAAGAGAAAGCCAAAGGCCGCUCUAAUGAGAGAGAGAAAGCUGAGCUACUCAGGAAGAUCCAGGCCCUGGAAGAAGAGAAUGCCAAAGUGAUUGUCCAGGAGAAAGUCCGGGAGAUUGUUCGUCCUGAUCCCCAGGCUGAAAAUGAAGUGGCCAACCUUCGCCUAGAGCUGGUGGAACAGGAGAGAAGAUACCGGGAUGGAGAGGAGCAGCUGAAGAGUUGCCAGAAUGAGUUGGCAGCUCUGAGGAAUAGAGGACCACAGGUGGAAGUGCAAGAGGUUAUCAAAGAAGUUAUUAAGUACAAAACUGACCCAGAGACAGAGUUGGAGCUGCAGAGCCUCAGGGAUGAGAUUGUGGAUAGAACCAGGGCCAUUGAAAGAGCAGAUCUGGAGAUCUAUCAGCUAAAGCAAGACAUCCAAAUGCUGAAGGAAGCCAAACCUCAGGUCCAGAUGAAGGAAGUGGUUCAGGAGGUGCUGCAGUACCGGGAGGACCCCCACACAAGAGAAGAGGUGGAAUCCCUGAGGGCUCAACUGGCUGAAGAACACAAGAAGCACAUGGACCUGGAGCGGGAGAAGAAGGUCCAGGAGGAGAAGAUCAGGGAGAAAGAAGAAGAACUCUUGCAGGUGAGGGAGAAGGUGGUACAGCAGGAAGUGGUGAAAUUAGAACAAGACCCUGCCUUAAAAGCUGAGAUCAGCUCCUUCUCACAGAGCAUUGAGAACGAGCUGCAGCAGAUAGACUCACUUCGGAAUGAGAUGCGCAAGCUGCAGCGGAGGAGGUCAGAGCUGGAGCGUCAGCUAGAUGAGUUGGAGAAAGAGAGGCAGGCUCGCCGGGAGGCAGAGCUGGAGGUACAGAGGCUGAAGAUCAGGCUGAGUGAGCUGGAACAGCAGGAGAAGGAGACGACGGAAAGAGUAACUGUGAAGCAGAAGGUAAUCCUCCAGCAAGACCCACAGCAGGAAAAGGAGCAUGCUCUCCUUAAGCUGGAGCUGGAGGAGGAAAAACAUCGGAGGCAAGUCCUGCAGACUGAGUUAGAAGCCCUGAGAAAGAAACUUCAAGCACUAGAGAAGAUGGAAGUCAAGGAGAAAGUGGUCUUUUCAGAAAGCAUCCAAGUGGAUAAAGGAGACAGUGAGUACGAGAUUCAGAAACUGAAGAACAAUCUGGAGGAGGAAAGUCGGCGGAAGAUGGAAAUGGACGCAGAUAUCAAUAGACUGGAGGCCAAGUUAUCUGAAGUUGAGUUCAACAACUCCAAGUCUUCCAAGGAGCUGGACUUUUUGAGGGAGGAAAACCACAAGCUUCAUCUAGAGAAACAGAACCUGCUGCUGGAGAUGAGGCGGCUGCAUUCAGAGAUUGAGCUCACCAUGGCAGAAGCCCGAGAUUUAAAGAACAUGUCGCAGGUGGAAAGUGGUGUGAGUCUAGACUCCCGUUUCCAAGCUUUGGAGAAAGAGCUGGAAGAAUUGAAAAGAUUAUCUCGAGAAAAAGAUAGUGAGAUUGAACAGCUUCAAAACCGUCUCCAGACAGUGGCCAUCAAGAGAGAGCAGAGAGAGAAUCACUUGAGGCGUUCCAUCGUGGUCAUUGAUCCAGACACAGGGAAAGAGAUGUCUCCCGAAGAAGCCCACAGGUUUGGCCUUAUUGAAUGGAGCUUGUAUGUCAAGUUGAAGAACCAAGAAUGUGACUGGGAAGAGACCACAGUCAAAGGGCCCAGCGGUGAAUCUUCCGUCAUCCAUGACAGAAAGUCAGGGAAGAAGUUCUCUAUUGAAGACGCCUUGAAGAGCGGAAGACUAACUGCAGCUCAGCACGAGAGUUACCUCAACAAGGAAAUGUCUAUCCAGGAGCUGGCAGUCUUGGUGUCUGGACAAAAAUAAAUUGCUUCAUUCACACAGUGGAUUAUGUGAGAGACCACUGUUCUUAAAACAGCUGGUUUAGAGAUCAACACUUGUUACAAACUCAGAUGUUUACUUAUUACUUCCCACGGGGUCUACAUGCCAAAAACCCAAUGCUUGGUUUGAACACUGGGGUGCAAUGAACCUGCACUCCAUCUUACUUAAAUUCUGGGAAGUCCUGCCAAACUUAAGGUCAGCGUUGCAUUUUGUGAAGAUUACAAGCCACUCUAGGUUCCCACCAGUGCAUCCAAGGUGUGUGUGUGUUGGGGAGGGGGGAAGCAGGCAAAAAUGGCAAUUUCUGAAUGAACUUUCACUUGGCAUCCCCACUCCUACAAGCCUCCACCAGAGCACCCCUUGCAUGAAGAGGAUAAGAAAGCAAGCUGGAAGUUGGGUAAGGCCCAUUCCAAGCUCACCUUCAUUGUAAAUUCAAUUGGUUGCCCCAGGCAAGUCACUGUGUAGCUCCUCACAGCUGUAGGAUGGGAGCAAUACUAGUCAACGAUACAGGGCUGUUGUAACUUUUUGAGCAAUCCAAAACACUACAUUAUUAUUAUUAUGCAAGGUGAUCUAUUCUCCUGGAUGGUAUUAAAAAGUUAGGAAAAGACAAGCACAGAAAAAUUGAACUGCCCAGUUCGAUCACCAAGAGGCCAAGUAACUGACUGCCAAUGCAGAAGGCAGUCCUCAGGCGGAUGCCUUUAUAGCUAUGACCACUGAGUGACACUGCAAGUGGCAUUUAAGGAAGGUACAACUCUUCUCAAUGUAAUUAUCUACUGUCACACAUUAGCAAGUAGCCAAGUGACAAUGCUUGUACACCUUUCAGGUCAUGCCUGCAUGCUUUAAAAGGGUGGUAAUAGAUAAUGCUACAGUACCAACGCCAAAAGUGCCUUCUUUCCCAUGUUGCAAUUAUACAAUGUGCGUGCUGGUGUUGUGCUUAAUUAUAUUUGACCGUAUGUAUUCAAAUACUUAUUGUAGAAGGGAAUGGGAAACUUUAUUUAUACCCUCAAAUAAAAAGAAGAUAUAGUGAUCUAA